AUGAGCUCCUUUCUGUUAACAGUUGGUUUCCGUAUUAGUAAGGCUGUUUCUUCUUUGUUCAUCUAUCAACAUGGCUCAGAUAUCAUAUAUUUCUUACUAUAUGUUGAUGAUUUUGUGGUUACGGGCAGUAAUGAUCGGAUUCUACGGUGCUUCAUUGGUGCCUUAGGUCGUGAGUUUGAUAUCAAGGAUCUUGGUCCUCUGCAUUACUUUCUAGGUUUACAGGUCACAUCUCAUUCCAACGGAAAUCACCUAAAUCAAGUCAAGUAUGCACAUGACAUCCUAGUCAAACAUGAUCUGUUCCUCAGCAAACCCGUUAGCACACCCAUGUCGACAAAGUCUCUUCUGAGCACCAAUGAUGGGGAUUUACUUGACAAUCCCACUACGUUCCGCGAGAUGGUUAGCUCCUUACAAUAUCUCACCAUUACUCGCCCUGACAUAGCCUUUGCAGUCAAUUCAGUGUCUCAAUAUAUGAGCAAGCCCCGUGUUCCACAUCGUAUUGCUGCCAAACGGAUCCUUCGUUACAUCAAAGGAACACUAGAUCAUGGUCUGUCUUUCAGUCCUCAACGCCAGCCUGUUCAUCUCUCGGCCUAUUCGGAUGCAGAUUGGGCUGGUUGUCCGGACUCCCGUCGCUCCACCUCAGGCUACCUCAUCUAUCUUGGCAGCAACUUAAUCUCAUGGUGCUCCAAAAAGCAGCCUACCAUUGCUCGUUCGAGUGUAGAAUCUGAAUAUCGCUCCCUCGCCCAUGCCAGUGCCGAAACCACCUAG